CGUGUGCCGGGACGGAGCCUCGAGCUCGUGGUCUUUGCCGCAUCGGGCAUGUGAAUGCCGGAGCGGCAGUGGGACGAGCCAAGAUGAAGUGAUGGGAGCUCGGAGCUCGUUCGGACAUGGAAUCAGGUUUUGGAAGCUUUCUGCUCGUAUGGACGUGUCGGGAUGCGCGAGGGCGCGUCUAUAAGAUGCUCCUCGAGAAGCCAUGCAGCUCGUCUUCUUCAGACACCAACGGCUCUGUAACGCUUCAGAUUAUACUUCAAAGCAAGUUAGCACAAGACACCUUCACAGCCAAAUCGACAUCAACAUGGGUUCCAUGAUCACGAGCGACGUCAGCAACAAGGGCAAUCCCAAGGAUGGGAUCCCGUGGUACCUCGACUCGCUGGAAAAGAUUCCUCCCCUGGCCCAGCGCGUGCUGGUCGAGCAUGGCGGCCUCAAGCCCGAGGAAGUCAAGGACCACAUCAUGAAGAUUCGCGAGAAAGCAUGGGCCUCGUCCCCGUACCCCUGCGUCGGCCUCUUCCGCUUCCUAGACUACUCCCUGCCCGACUCCCCCCUGUACGACGAGGUGCUGCAGCGCCUCAAGAGCGGCCGCGGCGAGAAGCUCCUCGACUUUGGCUGCUGCUUCGGGCACGACCUGCGCGCCCUCAUCACCGACGGGGUGCCGGAGGAGAGCCUCUGCGGCGCGGAGCUCAACGCCACCUUCCUCGAGCUCGGGUACGAGCUCUUCCGCGACAAGGACCGCAUCAAGACGCCCUUUUACACGGCCAACGUCUUCGACGACGACGACGCGCUGCGCCGGGAGCGGGCGGGCGAGUUCGACAUGAUCCACCUCGGCUCGUUCCUGCACCUCUUCGACUACGCGGGGCAGAAGAGGGCCGCGACGGCGCUGCUCAAGAUGCUCAAGCCGAACAAGUCGGGGGCGCUCAUCCUGGGCCGCCAGCACGGCGCCACCAAGGCCAAGGAGGUGCAGAACUACCUGUACAAGCCGACCAAGGAGAGCGAGAGCAACGGCCGCCUGCCGACCUUUUUCAACCACGACGCCGCCAGCUUCCGCCGGAUGUGGGACGAGAUCGGCGAGGCGACGGGCCUGCGCUUCGACGUGGGCACCGAAUGGGGCACCUGGGGGUCCGCCAACGGCAUGGACCCGGCGUACUAUAACCUCUGGUCCUGGGAGGACAAGGACACGCUGCGCUUCAAGUUUUGGGUGCGCGUGCUGUAGCCGCAUGACGCCCGGCUUGUGGUGAAGGGUUGCGACUAGGCCUUGCCGGCGUUCGUCCCG